AUGUGGUUUUUUGCGGGGCUGACCCCUCAGAUUCCCGGAACAGUGGUGCUAGUGAGGAAUGUUCCCCCAGAUCCAGAUGAAUCAGUCUCUGAGCACAUCGAACAUUUUUUUUAUGUCAACCAUCCUGAUCACUAUCUGAUGCAUCAGGUUGUUUAUGAUGCGAAUAAACUGGCAUCAGUUGUUGCACAGAAGAAGAAACUAAUAAACUGGUAUAUUUAUUACCAAAACAAAUUCGAAAGAGAUCCUUCCAAGAGGCCAAUUACUCGGACAGGUUUCAUGGGUUUGUUGGGGAAUAAAGUUGAUGCUAUUGAUCAUUAUACUGACAUAAUUGACAAACUGAGCAAACAAGAAGCGGAAGAAAGAGAAAAUGUUAUAGAAAAUCCGAAUGCUGUUAUUCCUGCAGCUUUUGUUUCAUUCAAAACACGAUGGGGGGCUGCUGUGUGUGCUCAAACUCAACAAACCAGUGAUCCCACCAUUUGGCUCACAGAAUGGGCUCCCGAGCCUCGGGAUGUCUUUUGGGAAAAUCUUGCCAUUCCAUAUUUUGACCUCAACAUGAGAAGAUUGCUCAUGACCGUUGCUUUAUUUUUCCUAACAUUUUUCUUUAUGAUACCGAUAGCAUUGGUUCAAUCUCUUGCCAACAUUGAGUCAAUCAUGAAGGUCUUUCCUUUCUUGAAGUCAAUAAUUGAAAAGCCAUCCAUCAAGUCUCUCAUUCAAGGGUUUCUUCCAGGGAUAGCAUUGAAGAUAUUUCUUGCGGUGCUUCCAAAAAUUCUCAUGGCGAUGUCCAAAGUGGAAGGUUUUACCUCCCUUUCAGCUUUGGAUAGGAGGUCAGCUUCCAAAUAUUACUUUUUUAUCCUCGUCAAUGUAUUCCUUGGGAGUAUAGUAACAGGAACAGCAUUUCAGCAACUUCAGCAGUUUCUUAAUCAGCCCUCUACAGAGUUCACAAAAACUGUUGGCAGUACAAUCCCCAUGAAGGCCACAUUCUUCAUCACAUACAUAAUGGUCGAUGGUUGGGCUGGAAUUGCUGCUGAGAUUCUCAGGUUAACUCCGUUAAUUAUGUUCCACCUGAAAAACGCGUUCUUGGUGAAGACGGAUCAAGACAGAGAGAUGGCUAUGGAUCCCGGAAGCUUGGAAUUUGCUACAUCUGAACCUCGCAUUCAGUUUUAUUUCGUGCUGGGGCAUGUGUAUGCCCCGGUCACACCUUUUCUUCUCCCCUUCGUUGUAGUCUUCUUUGGUUUUGCCUACUUGAUCUUUCGGCACCAGAUUAUCAAUGUGUAUAACCAGCAAUACGAGAGUGGAGGAUCGUUUUGGCCAGAUGUCCAUGGUCGAGUAGUUUUUGGCUUGAUUAUGUCUCAAGUUCUUCUCAUGGGAUUGUUAAGUACAAGAGGUACAGAAAAGUCGACGCUAGUACUUGCUGUACAACCCAUCUUGACAUUCUGGUUCCACAGAUAUUGUAAAGGUCUCUUCGAAUCUGCGUUUGUAAAAUUUCCACUACAGGAAGCCAUGGUGAAGGAUACACUUGAACGAGCUGUUGAGCCAAACCUAAACCUGAGAAUUUACCUUCAGAAUGCUUACAUACACCCAGUUUUCAAGGACGACGAUUUUGACAAACCAGCAGCCAUUGAUGAUGAAGAAGACAAUCCACUAAUUCAGACAACUAGAGCUUCUCGUCCGAGUAGCAAACCUGAAAGUGAAACCGGCGCAACUACUGUAUCUCCUUCCUCGGAUUCAACUAUGGCCAGUUUCGUGUCACGCUUCUCAUUCUCACUGAUUCCCUUCAAUCAACACAAAUUCGGAGCCAAAUGCUUUUGUUUUCACAAACCCUUUAUCCAAAGGAAACAUCACCAACUUGGAUUGCAAAACCUUGUUAUCCCCUUUUACCAAAACCCCACUUCGAAAUUGUGUGCCACGUCACGGUUGUCCAUUGAGGAAACGGAGCAGCAAGUCGGAACCUUGACCCGAGCCGAAGAACUAAAAGGGGCGUUGGCGUAUUUGUUUAGGACUGAAACUGGUGGCGGUUCGGUGAAAGUUUAUGUCACUAACAGGAAAGAUAGGUAUUUUGUUUACAUUGAGAUUUCUUCGUUGGAUGUGAAUGGUUGUGGUGACAGUGAAACGUUGGUGUUGUGUUGGGGUGUAUAUAGAGGUGAUUCAUCGUGUUUUGUGGAUCUGGAUUCGAAUGGUUUGAGUGGAAAUGCGGCGAAGGGGAUGCAUGUUACUCCCUUGGUGCAAACUUCUGGUGGCAAGAUUGGAGUUGAGUUGGAAUUUGAUGCCAAACAUGUUCCUUUGUACUUGUCAUUUUUCUUGAUGUCAUCUUUGGAAGCAGGGUUGGAGAUUAGAAGCCAUAGGAGAACGAAUUUUUGCGUGCCGGUUGGGUUGCUUCCGGGCUACCCGGGUCCUUUGGGGUUCUCUUAUUCUCCUGAUGGGUCUGUGAAUUUUGCUAUUUUUUCGAGACAUGCUGAGAGUGUGGUUUUGUGCUUGUAUGAUGACAAGGGUGGGGAGAAGCCUGCUUUGGAGCUUGAUUUGGAUCCCUAUGUGAAUAGGUCAGGUGAUAUGUGGCACGUAUCGUUUGAGAGUGUCAAGAAUUUUGUGAGCUAUGGUUAUCGCUGCAGACAGGGUGUUCUUAUGCAGAAAAGGGGUGAUAGUUCUGCUGAGCAUGUUGUUUUGGACCCUUAUGCUAAGAUUGUUGGUAAUUCAUAUCCUGGUGGUCUUGGACUAAUGGAUAAUCUUGGAUGGUUGGAGAAGGAACCUGCUUUUGACUGGGGUGGUGAUUUUCACCCGGAUUUGUCCAUGGAGGAACUAGUGGUUUAUAGGUUGAAUGUCAAGCGCUUUACACAGCAUGAGUCAAGCCAACUUCCAAGUGGUUCAGCUGGGACCUUUACUGGUUUGGCUGAGAAGGUUCAGCAUUUUAAAGAUCUAGCUGUGAAUGCUGUUCUGCUGGAGCCGGUUUUCACAUUUGAUGAGAAAAAAGGACCAUAUUUUCCUUGCCAUUUUUUCUCACUGAUGCACAUUUAUGGACCAUCUGGUGACCCUGUAUCUACUAUUGCCUCUAUGAAAGAGAUGAUUAAAACUAUGCAUGCCAAUGGGAUAGAAGUUCUUUUAGAAGUAGUUUUCUCAAAUACUGCCGAGGUUGGGGCUCUACAGGGAAUUGAUGACUCAUCCUACUAUCUAACAAAUGGAGUUGGUGAUUUGAAGAUACAGAGUGCUUUGAACUGUAACUAUCCUAUUGUGCAAAAUUUGAUUCUGGAUAGUCUUCGGCAUUGGGUGACUGAGUUUCACAUUGAUGGAUUCUGUUUCAUAAAUGCUUCACACAUGCUGAGGGGAUUUCAUGGGGAGUAUUUGUCUAGACCUCCAGUAGUUGAAGCAAUUGCUUUUGACCCAGUACUCUCCAAAACUAAAAUCAUUGCAGAUUGUUGGAAUCCUCAUGACAUGGUAGCAAAGGAAAUUCGCUUUCCUCAUUGGAUGAGAUGGGCUGAAAUGAAUACAAAUUUUUGUAAUGAUGUGAGGAAAUUUUUAAGGGGUGAAAGUCUUCUUAGCGACCUUGCAACAAGACUUUGUGGGAGUGGAGACAUGUUUUCUGGUGGACGAGGCCCUGCAUUCUCUUUUAAUUACAUUGCCAGGAAUUUUGGAUUUUCUCUUGUGGACAUGGUUAGCUUCAGCAGUGAUGAUGAAUUAAGUUGGAAUUGUGGAGAAGAAGGACCUACUAACAACAUCACCGUCCUUGAAAGACGACUCAAACAAAUCCGUAACUUCCUCUUCAUCUUGUUUGUGUCAUUAGGAGUACCUGUUCUGAACAUGGGAGAUGAGUGUGCCCAGUCCUCCGGUGGAUCUCCCGCAUAUAAUGAUAUAAAGCCUGUCACCUGGAGUACUUUGACAACAGGCUUUGGGAAACAAACCUCACAAUUCAUUUUCUUCAUGAGUUCACUGAGAAGGAGAAGGAGGGAUGUUCUUCAGCGAAGGAGCUUCUUAAAAGAAGAAAACAUUGAAUGGUAUGGAAGUGAUGGGUCUCCCCCAAGAUGGGAAGACCCAUCAUGUAAGUUCCUUGCCAUGAAUUUGAAGGCUGAAGUAGCAGAGUUCCCAGAGAGCUCUAUAUCUUCUGAUAUAUCUGGGGAUCUAUUUAUUGCUUUCAAUGCAGCUAAUCAUCCAGAAACUAUAGUUUUACCCUUGCCUCCAGAAGGGAUGUCAUGGUACCGUUUAGUUGACACAAGUCUUCCAUUUCCCGGCUUUUUCUCAACCAGUGGUCAAAUUGUCCCUGAGCAGAGAGCAGGUUUGUUUACUUAUAAAAUGAAGUCUCACAGCUGCGCUUUGUUUGAGGCAUAUAAUCGUACCAUUUAG